GUCUAACUUUGGUCCUGAUACUAAAUUCCGAGUAAUCUCAGGAAUAUAUAAGGUAUCAUAAAGUUUAAUACAUAAACCAGUUUUCAUUAUUAAUUCUAAGGUUCCCACGGCUUCGACAGCUAGUUCUGUUCCAUUCCCCAGCUUAAGUGUUCUUCGGUUUCUUUCCAGCUUCUGGAUUCCCUCCGAGUCAAGUAAGUUCCCCCUUCCUUCUCUUUUUUCUCUCCCGGCCAUGUCUUCGUUUAGCGAUAGGAUCUCGUCCUCAGAGGACAGCUCCUCUGAGGACUCCAACUCAUCUUCCUCGACCGGGUCUUCUUCUCCUGAAUCCACGCCCGGUCAGGUUCCCCACUCCUCUAUUCCCGACCCGCAUCCUGUUAAUCAGAUGCCCAGUGAAACUUUCGUGGGGAGGGAUGAACCAGUCGAUGACGAACCGGGCCCCUAUGACCCUGAACACGAAACCCGGGAUGCGUGGGAGGAGCGGCUUCAUGCUGCCGGUUACUUUCCGCUUCCCACUUUCUACGUCCUUGACAUACCUUCCCGUGUAUCCAAAAUUGCCUUAAACAAAAUCCGUAGGAGGCUCCCGGAUGGGUAUACCCUCCUGUAUGAACCUAACUGGCCCAAUAUCGUUGAACCCCACCGGGAGGAUAGGAUAGGGUUCCAUACCAUAUCACUGGAUGCGGGCAUAGUUUUUCCCCUUCGCCCCCUCCUUACCGAAGUCUUCCAUGCGUUUAGGAUUUUUCCCGGCCAAAUAACUCCUAACGCCCACCGGUACCUCCAUUCCUUUGUAAAUAUUUGCACCCAUCUAAAAAUCUUCCCCUCUUUGCGUCUUUUCCUUUUUUGCUUCGAAGUCCUACCGGGCGGAUCCGGCUGCGAAGGCUUUGUAUUCUUCAAAGCCCGUACCGGUAGGAAGUUCAUUUCCGAAGUCCCCCAGAGUAACCGGGGGUGGAAGGAAAAGUUUGUUUUCAUCGAGUUUCCCCCCUUCGUCACUCCUCUGGCCGGUCUGAAAUGGAAUGACCAUCUCCUCGACCAAGAGUAUACUGCAUCGGCCUCCUCCCCAGACUUGGAAGCUAAUCUCGAGAUCCUUAUGCGCGGGGAUCCUCAAACCGGGAGGAUCUUCCAUCAAGGCAGCUGGGUUUGGAGAGUAGAGUCGGGUGGUGAGGGUACCUCCCAGGCCCAGGAAGCAGCGGGGCGCGGGGUACCCUCCCCGGGCAACAUUGCAGAGGCUGAGGGCCAGAACCACCCAGAUAUGGAGUUCGAAGAGUUCGCCAUCCCCGACGACCAACCAGCGGGAGACACCGGGGGCUCCCAGGCCAAUCACGCCAGAACCUUCCCGGUCCACCAAGAGACCGUGGAGAUUUUGGAUGAGGACGAACCCCAGGACAACCGGUCUAAGGGGAGGGAAAAAGAGAAGACCGGUCGCCGGACCAAGAAGGUGGCCACCAACCAUCCCUCUGCCAUGAACAAGAGGCAGAGGACAGACUCCGGCGCGGCCUACCAGACCGUGGAGGAGGCCUACAUCAACCUUGGCCUGCGGCUAAGGGAGGUUGGGGAGAUUGGGCCCGUCACCACUGACCGGUUGGGAAUGGACCCCCCAACCGAGGUAGCCCGGCUGAAGAAGAAGAACGAAGAGCUGGCUCUCCUCCUCAAGAGCCAAACGGAUGAGCUGGCCAAGUUGUCCAAGAUGGCCGGGUCCUUGGGGGCAGAGAACACCCGGCUGAAGGAGGAGAAUGGCCGGCUGCUCGAUGAGGUCUCCGAGGCUAAAAGAGAGAUGGCGGAGAAGGAAGAAAACUUCCCUGGGCGCGCAGCCGCCUGGGUUGAGGAAAAUAAGGCCGAAGCUGCCCGGGUACUGACGGCGAGCCCAGAAGCUACCAUGGAAUCCUUCAGGCUUCUAUACCGGGAGCCUGAAGGAAAGAAGAUGAUUACCGCCGUUGGAUCUUUCGGAUUCAAGUGCGGGCAAAAGAAAGACCGGGCAGCUUCCCACCGGAUCCUCCUGAAGAGAGACCCGGCCUUCACUGCGGCUUCCUACGGCCUGGCUCCUAUCCCAGAGGAAGAGCCCACUCCCCCUUUCCCCUUAGAUUAGGAUCUCCCCGGUUGCGCCCGGUUGUUUUUGUAAAACUUCUCAACUUGAAAUUUCCCCGGGGAUGCCUGGUGUAGCUGUAAACACUUA